CCCUGGACAAAGUGCAGCCCCUGUACCAGGCAGCCGACCUCCUCCAACUGGACUAUGUGAGAGACACCUGCAGCAGCUACAUGGCCAUUAACAUGCAGCGCUCCACCUGUGUGGACCUGUACAAGUUUGCUGAUGUCUUCUUUGUGGGCAGUGUUCUGAAGUGCAGUCUGCACUUUAUCUGUAUGCACUUUGCUGAGGUUGCCUCAAGCGAGGAGUUCUGCAGCCUGAAUGUGAAUCAGCUGACUGAGAUCAUCAGCCACGAUGAGCUGGAUGUUAAAGAGGAGACAACAGUGUGGGAGGCUGUGGUGAGAUGGGUGCAGCACAGCAGGGAGGACAGACUGCACCACCUACCCAGCAUCCUCCCUCACAUACGCUUCAACCUGCUGACCCCGUACAACAUGGUGGCCAUCUUGGAUCACCCCCUGGUCAGGGAGGAUCCUGGGAGAUCUGCCAUCAGGAAUGUGGUAAAGGAGGCCUCCAAUGAGAUGAAGAGAUUCGGGAUGGACACAAUGGAAAUGGCCAUAAUUUUCCCAGAGGACAAUGAUGAGCUCAAGCCUGGAGAGCAUGGGAUGCUCUUCAUGAACCCUCGGACAGGAAAGUACAUCACUUGCAGCUAUCCUGAAGAGGUCAUUCGGUUAAAGGGGACCUUAACCGUUACCAGUGACAACGACAUCUACAUCAUGGUGGGGGACUAUUUGGAUUUCAAUAAUGAAAAGUCGAUUGUGUUUGAGUUCAACAAUGCUGGUAAUGUGUGGGAACGUACGAGUAUACCUCCAAUACGCUGGCCUAAAAAGAUACGCCACAUCAAGAGGCAGUGCCUGAUAGGCGUUGAUGGGGUUUUGUAUCGCCUGUCGGCCGGAAGGACAAGGAAAAAUGCUAGUGCUCUGGUCCAAAUCAUCAAGUACACCUGGCACAAGGACCAGUGGCAGGAGUGUUCACAGCUGGAACUUGACAGUAAAGUGCCAAUGUCCUAUUCUCAGGCCCUGUCCUGUGGUCCUCACCUCUAUUUGAUCAUGAACACAGACAUGUAUCGCUACGACCCAAGCCAGGACCGUUGGUGCAAGCGGACUCCACCGAAAGUUAUGCCAAAGGUCUGCACAGCCGUUUCCAUGGGAACAGAGAUCUUCUGCACAGACAAGAAGUUUACCAAGACCAUGGUGUACGACACAGAGUCUGACUGCUGGCAGGUCCUGCAAGGCUGGCCGAACCCAGGAAACCUGACUGUCUAUAACGGCCCCCGUCUUUUUGUACUGGAGAACCAGCUGCAUGUAUGGUUACAGCCCUAGUAUGCAGCUGCCACAGAUGACGACGAAAACCCUCUCGUGUAUGUGUAUGACAGGUCUGCAGAUGCUUGGAAAGACCUACAGGCCACCCUGCCACACAGUUAUUACGCGCCAAGUGUCCACAUGCUCCCGGUGGCACGCAUCUACCUGCCGGGUCUUACUGCAUAGGGUGGUCAUAGCAGGGCUUGAAAUACUUUCUUCUGCAUCAUACUAAAAUUGUUCAGGAGGCAUAUUUAUUCUUCUAUACUUUAUAGGUGGUAACAGUCAAUGCGAUAAUAAUCUAUGUACACCUAUAUCAUAGGACAUCUAUGUAUAAAACCCACUACGUGGACCGGUGCAGGUAGACACUAGAAAUACCUGCCCAGCUCCAAUUUUACCUGCACUAACCUGCAUAUGCAGGUGGUAUUUCGAGCCCUGCAUAAGGAUGCCGACUAGCAUUGACUCAGAAAACUGAAUAUGUUUUUGGAAAAGGUGAAUAAUUUCAGAUAGCAUCCACUAUUUUUUGUUGGAUGCAACCAGAGCUGUCUGACUUGCUGGUACAUGUAAUGGCAAUUUGGCAUAUCUUAUUACCUGAUGUCUAACAUUCAUCGACAUAUGCAUGUACAUAAGGGCAUGUAGAGUAAAGUGGCGAGGAAGGACUAUUUUCAGAUGAUAGCUUCGCAUUUUUCAGGUUUACUGGGUGUCGGUUUAUUUUAGUCAAGUGAGGUAGUUCAUUCCAGUUCCUUUACCUUACUUUUUGUCUUACUUAUCAAGGUGGGACACCUUUUCAUUAUCAAGUUGAUGUUAUGUGCCUUAGCUUUAGCACGGUUUGUCUCAGAAGUUACAUCAUCCAAGGGACUUGUUCAAUGAUAAGAUGUUUCACAAUUUAAAUUGUAGGCCUCUAAUUUGUAAACAAUAAUUUGACAUAUUUCUCACAAUGCAUUACACUUCACAUACGCAGUUCCAAAUUUGGCUACUUGUGCUCUGUUUUUCCUGCAUUUUUAUUUUUAAUGUUGUACCUGGGUACUACUCUAGACAGUUUAUAUUCACUCCCGUUGUGCAUUUUCCCACCGACUUGUUGUUGUCUAGGCUUAUUCGUUCAUUGAUCACGUAUAGUAUGUUAUUUCGCUCAAAUUUUAUACAGUCAAACCUGUAUUAGGGGCCACCUCUACAGAGGGGCCACCUGUCCAUAGUGGCCACGUUUUGUCGGUCCCUUGUGUAUUUUAUCUACAAGUUGCCACCUCUAUACAGAGGCCACCUGUCUAUAGUGGCCACAUUUGUCCGGUCCCUUGAGUGGCCACUAUAGACAGGUUUGACUGUACUUGUAUAGAUUGAUGGAAAUAAAAGAGGUUUUCUUGAAAUAAAA